AUGGGGGCUAGGCAAGUUCGUUCCCCAGCCACCCCGGGAGGGGUGCAGAGACCACCGCCUCCCCCGCACUGCAGAGCAAGUCGCAUUGGAAUCUCCAUUGGACUGGAGCUGCAAGGGAACCCGGAUUCGGGUCGCGGCCCCUUUAAAUGGAGGCGCCGCUCGGAGCCCUCAACGCGCUGCAAGCUGACGGGGGGGCGGCGGCGGCGCUCUAUUGGCUGUGCGGAGCGAGGGACGCGCUCUGAUAGGCCGCGGUGGGGCCGGGGCUCGCGAGACUCGCUCACCAGCGGCAGCCGCGGAAACGCGGAGCGGAGCACCGAGCGCGGGAGCGGCGCCACAGCCCGGAUCGCCACGGGCGCCUGGAAAACCUGGGGCGGAUCCGCCUGGCGGAGCGGGUCCGGUCGGGCGGGCAGCACGGAGCCGGGCGCGGGCGACGGCCGCGGUCUGGCGGGGCACGGCAGGGUGCGGGGGGGGAGCACGGCGGGGGUCGAGGGCCGGAACGGGGCGCCCCGGUUCCCGCCGGUGCCCACGCGGCCACCCGCAAAGCCCGGAGCGGAUCGCACGGAAUGGGCUCGCCACCCCGCUCCCCGCCCCCCCCUUAACCCUCUCGCUGCCACCUCUCCCGGCCCCAGCCCCGCUGCCGUCCCGGGGGGUCCGGUCCGGCCGCACCGCUACGGCCUCUACCUGCCCGCGGGGGGACCCACCCGGCCGAGCCCGGUGACAGCGCGGCCGGGCGGGGCUUCCGCGGGGGCCCGGGACGCGGCACCGCCCCCGGGAGGGACCGCCUGGGCCGGCGCCCCCCGCUCCCGGCACCGCCUCCCCCCGGGAUCCCCCUCCCGUGCCCGGGCUGCGCUCCCGCAGCACCGCGCAGAGCCCGGCGUGCCCUUCCCCAGCCAUGACAGCGCCCACCUGGCCUCGCCGCCCGCGGCACCCCCUUCCCGCUCCGUCCGUGCCCCCCGCGCCGCUCCGCCCCGCCAGGCUAGCACUCCCCGCCUCCCCGGGGGUCUCCUGCCGCCGGGACCCGGGCCCCUCCUCUCAGCGGGGCAGCACCCAGCUCUUGGCCGCCCCGCUCCACCGGGGGGCUCUCCCAUCGCUCCCGCCCCCGGGAACCUGCGGUUUCGCAGCCUGCGGGCACACGGGGCUGAGCGUGGCUGGGACCCGGGGCACAGCCGCGGGAAAGCGGGCACUCCGCGAGGGCUGCGAGCCGCCCGGGGUUACCGCGCCCGGGAGCGGGCUGGCCGCGGGUGCACGGCACCUGCACCGGCGAGGCGGCGGGAAGCGGGAGGCUUUAUUGCAAGGCGGCGAAACGAAACCCGCCCGAGGCACGAUGUGACCGCGCUCCGGGAGCGCCCGGUGCGUUCCCAGGGGCAGGAGCCGCCUUCCUCCCCGCAGCGGGGCAGCGACGGGAACGGGGUCCGGACGACACGGGGGAGCCCACGGCUGGACGCGGCAAGCGGCGGGCACGGGGAUGGGGAACGUCUGGAGGAGACCGGAUCGGCACAGGGCGGCCCCGCGGCGCCGCCCGGGCUCCGGUGCUCACUGGCCGGGGCGGAGGAGCCAAGGCCGGACCCGCCCCGGUGCCAUCCUGGGGGCGCGGCGGGGCGGCACGCGCUCGCCGCCGCCGCUGGCCCUUUAAAAGCGCGCGGCCCCCGCGCGCCCGCACCGCGCCUGCGCACCGCGCGCGGGGCGGCUCGCGGCGCUCCCUUUGUCCCCCGCUCGCCUCUCACCCAAGCUUGGUGUCCGCGCCGUGAUUGGCAGCGCGCGCUGCCGCUCCGUUGACCAAUGGGGUCCGCGCACGGCC